GCAGAUCGACUUGCCCACCCAGCAUUAGUCUCAUCUUACACUUAUAUUAUGUCGAAUAUCGUUCGAAGUGGCUUCUUUUCUGGAGUUUCCGGUCCUUACAUGACGAGUUAUGUUUGGGACCCUUUCUCAGGUAUGGAAUGCGUAGGCCCUGCCAAUAUCUUAUACCACCCUACCAUGCCCGCUGGGAUGCGUUUCGACCCAAGGAUUGAGUGGAAGGACACACCGGAGGCGCACGUGUUCAAGAUCAAUCUUCCAGGGUUCAGGAAGAAUGACUUACAGGUGAAAGUGGAGGGAAACAUGCUGUGCAUAAUUGGCGAGAAACAUGUGGAGAAACAAGAGAACACGUACAUGGGAUAUCGCAUGGAGCGGAGUAGCGGCAUGUUCUCCAAAAGUUUCGAGUUGCCACUGGAUGUAAGAGCUGACAAGAUUAAGACCUGUUUCGAGAAUGAGGUGCUCACUGUGACUGCUCCGAAGGAUGCGAAACGCUCAGAAAGAUUCAUUGAGAUUCACUGAGAAGUGAGACCUCUAUCGCUCGCCAGAGUUCGAUUAUGGUAUGUGUCUAUAAUAAAAAUAAAAGGAGCGCCUUACCUGCGAUAUCUCGUUCUUGUUCUAAAACCGUGUACUCAUGUGUGAGAAGAACAACAGUAUUGCUGGUUAAUUAUAAGUAAAUCUAGUUUGUUUCU